AUGCUCAAGGUGUUCGCCAAACCACCGGAAGGGGGCGAGCCUGUGCCAUACCUCUUUCAUUUCAACACUUCUGAGGCCAAGGACGAGGCGAAGGCCGUGAGAGAUCUGCUGUCGCGGCUACUCGCGGAGAUGAAGAACAGCGAUCCGAAUGUACCAACGCCAAAUUUAGGGACUCCGAAUCUGCAGGCCAACGGUAAUGGUGGCAGUGGCGCUUCAGGUUCAAUGGCUUUCGCCAGCGCGGUAAACAAGUCGCAACAACCAUCUCUGCAAUGGUUUGACGACAGCCAGCUGAAGAACAAUUAUGAGCUCCAGCAAUCGCUUAUGAAAAAGGAUCCGAGCCUUCACCGGACGUAUAUGGAGGCCAUGGCCAUGAAACCAGACACAAUCACAGGCUCGGCGUUCAAUACCCAAUUUUGGUCCACGAGAAUUAACAUGCUUCGAGCGCAUGCCAUUGAGACGAGCCAGAAAGGGGGCCAGUACAACGUCUUGUCGACGGUCCGCGCAAAGUCAGAUAAUGGAGAGCUCAAGUUGAAUCUCACAGUAGAGCAGAUCCAGAUGCUCCUCGCUCAAUAUCCUCUCAUUCGACGCAUCUACAAUGAAAAUGUCCCCCCGAGAUCCGACAAAGACUUCUGGGUCGAAUUCUUCACUAGUCGGUUGUGCACGAGGUUGCGCGGCGAACGCGUGGAGGAGAAUGCCAACUUCUCCCCGCUGUUUGACAAGCACGAUAUCAACGAGAACACACCCAGUCAUCACAGCAAAAUCAUGGCACAGAAUGUACCUCACAUCAUCGACAUUGAAGCGAACGAGGAGAAUCAGGGCGGCGUGAGAAGCGGCAACAAGAAAGAUGUGGAAAUGCGUCCGAGCAAGCACGUGGCCAUUGUGAAGACGGUGAACAGCGUGAGCGAGAGGAUCAUGGCACAUGUUGCGCCAUCCGAUCCCAACGACGAGGUCGCCAAUGAAGCCUACAAGCAGCUAGGUCUUCGAGAUCUCCGAGGGCCGGAAGAGGAGCACCGAAUCAUGCUCAACGUGAAGGAACAGAACAAACUCUUCGCCAAGCGUGAUGCAGCUCCUUCUUCCAACGCACAGGUCUUUGCGAAGCAGAAUCCGGAUGACGUCUUGUUUGACAUACAAGCCGAUCUGGCGACCCUUGUCGAGGACGGUAUUGGUGGUCUCGACUUGGCUGCAGGAAUCGGCUUCAACGACGAUAGUGAGAGUGACGAGGAAGACAAUUCCUCAGCAAAGCGUCCGCACGUUGGCUCGCGGUCGAUACUUCGAGUGGCGGAGAAGGAGAUCCUCCACGGCAUCAGCCAGCAGAGGGCGCAGCAAUACGGGCAUGCGAGCGAUGAGACAACACCAAUGGGACUUUCUAGGGCCAUGGCCGAUCGGUGCUCCCUGACACAUGCCACUACAGUCGAGUUCCUGCAUCAAUUUUGGUCCGCAUUUUUGUCUGGAGAUCCUGAUAGAGCUGCAGAGCUGCAGUAUCUCGCAGAGUCCCUCGCCAAAUCAAUUGGCCGCAUCAAUGCUGUCGCCGAAGAAGCCACCAAGGAGCGGGAAGGACUCAUCAAGAAGAGAAAACAAGACAUCAGAGACCACUACGAGCGAACGGGCAAGAAAAUCAGGUGGAAAUCUGACAUGGUCGAAGGUGGAAGGGAGGCAGUCAUCAAAUUGAUGCAACCAGUCUUGGAUGCAAUUGACGGCGCUCGAAGCAAAUACGCAGAUGCAUUGGCAGCGGAAGGUAUCAAGGUGUCAACAGAAUCCUAA